GGCUUACUGAGUGGCGCUUGCUGGAAAACCACACAUCCCAAACGAAAAUUUUCAGUUAACUACAAAACGUUGAAUUGAUCGGAUAGCAGAAACAAGUCGCCUGGAAUUUUAAGAUUUUUACAAAAAAUGUUUAGACUCUGUUUAUUGGGUGCCGUGCUUAGCUUCGCGGUUCUGGGAAGCUUGGCAACGGAGUCCCAACAGAGCUCGACGGAGGUGCAAUUGGAUGGUUCUUCCGAGCAGCAGCUGCAGGAGGAGGAGGACGAGGAUGAAAGCCAAUCAGCUGAAGCUUCCCUGAGCGAAUUCAUCUCUGGGGACUAUGCCGAUUAUCCAGUGCGCGUUUUAAAGGAAGUGGAUGUGGAUACCCUCAAUGAGAAUUGUGUCAAUGGUGAAUGCAAGGGCCUUAUGUUCGAUGAUCCUUCGGAGGUGGUCUUUUUUGAGGCCAAGCCGGCCAUACGCUUUACCUCGGGCUCCACCUAUAAAUUCAAGAAACCCCAGGAAUAUGAUGUUUUGAAAUUUAUUGAUUCGAAAUUUGCCAACUUCCCCCUGAAUCUUUUCUAUGCCUUGAAAAUUCGUGAAUUGGAUAUGCGCAAUUGCUCCAUACAAAGUCUAACCUGGGACAAUUUCCUAAUGGCCGAUCAGCUUUCCAUUUUGCUACUGUCCGACAAUGAUUUGCAAGAGGUGGCGCCUAUGACCUUCAACAGUGCCGAGAACUUGGCCUUUCUCUUCUUGGAUGGCAAUGACAUUGAGACCCUGCAUCGUGAAUCCUUUAAGGAGCUGAAUAAGCUGUACAUGCUGGAUCUGCAUGACAAUCGUAUCUCCAGCCUGCACGAUGACGUGUUCACCUAUCUGCCCGCUUUGCAGCAGCUAAAUUUAGCUGGCAAUCAGUUGCAGGUGAUAGCCGAUGUGCUGUUUGCCAACAACCCCCGUUUGGUUAGUGUUAGCCUAGAGCGUAAUACCUUGGAAAAGAUCGGCGACUACGCCUUCCAGAAUCAAGAGGAUAUGGAAUACAUAGGCUUAUCUCACAAUACCCCUUUGCAGAUUUUGGUGGGCAAUAUGCGUGUGGAUAAUCUGUGGGCCCGCAAUUGCUCCAUCAGCCGGGUGAACAUCUAUGGCAAGGUGAAAAAUGCUGACUUUCAAUUGAAUCGCAUCUCGGAAUUGUAUUUUUCACGUCCCGAGAGUCUGGAGACUUUGCGCAUCAGCGAUAAUUCCCUAAUGCAAAUAGCUUCCCUAAGCCAGGCCACCAAUCUGCAAUACUUUGAUGUCUCCAAUAAUCCCCAGUUACAGACCUUGCCCGAAUUUUGGCAGGCCGAUUCUUUGGAGGUGCUGGAUCUCAGCAAUACCAGUCUUACCUCCAUACCCAUAGCCAUAUUGGCGGCCUCGGAAAAAUUGAAAUCUCUAAAUGUUUCCAAUAACCGCUUGAGCCGCAUUGAUCCCGGCGAUUUCAAGUAUUUCGAAAAGCUCGAUCACCUGUAUCUGCAUCGUAAUAACUGGAACUGCUAUAGCCUGCAGAUUAUUAUGGACAUGCUAAUCAGGCCCUGGAAAAUCAGCUACACCAUGGAUAUCUAUGAUGAAAAUUUCCCCGGCGAAUAUAUUGGGGGCAUCAAGUGCAUGUAUCGUUUGGAUGACAAUGAUGAUGAUGACAUGGAGAAUAGCCUUUUGGAGCCUUUAUCAAUGGCCGGCUUGACUUCGCGUCUUACCCAAUCCAUUGCUGAGGGCGAGAAAGACGUGGGCGAAUCCUCACAAGUCUAUGAGGAUGGCAUUUCCGAGCAAGUCUCGGACAUUGAAAUCCUACGCACCGAGCUGAAAGCCAUUGUGGGUAUUUAUGAGCAAAAGUUUUCGCAUUUUUACAACAAAAUUGAAGAAUUGGAUCGUCGCCUCAAAACUUUUGAGCAAUUCAAUAAGACUUUGUGGCAGCAUGUCACCAUUACCAUUUGAAAAGUGCGAGGUGUGAGAGCAAAAGUGUUUGAUUUUUCUUUUGAAAUAAUUUUAAAUAAUUUUUUACAGUGUAUAAAUGUGAAUAACCCUUGAUGUAUAUGUAUAUAUUUCUUCUUCUGUGUAUAUAAAAUUGUAUUUAUAUUUGUAA